AUGAAGUUGCUACUGUACAGCUUGCUGCUCAGCGCGGUGGCUUCACUGGCUACCUUCGCGUCCGCCCAGAAGACCGUGACCGCGGUUCAUAACGGAGAUGUUGGCAAGCAUACGAACAAUUGGGCCAUCUUGGUUGACACCUCGAGAUACUGGUUCAAUUAUAGACACAUGGCCAAUACGCUCGCAAUGUACAGGACGAUCAAGCGUCUAGGUAUACCUGAUUCCAACAUCAUUCUCAUGCUUGCGGACGAUGUCGCUUGUAAUCCUAGGAAUCCAUUACCUGGGAAAGUGUAUGCAAAUGCGGGAAGACAUUUAGACCUCUAUGGAGAAGGGAUUGAAGUGGAUUACAGAGGAUACGAGGUGACGGUAGAGUCGUUUCUCAGAUUGUUGACGGGCCGACAUCCUGAUCAUACACCUCGAUCCAAACGACUGCUCUCUGACUCGAGUUCCAACGUCUUCAUCUACAUGACUGGACAUGGUGGUGUGGAAUUCCUAAAGUUUCAAGACAACGAGGAGAUCUCUGCAUUUGACGUAGCGGAUGCUAUUGAACAAAUGUCUGAGAAGAAACGAUUCAACAAGUUGUUGUUCAUGACGGAUACAUGUCAGGCAGCGACCAUGUACUCAAAGAUUUACUCUCCCAAUGUCAUUUCCACGGCUUGUUCUCAGAUUGGAGAGAACUCAUAUUCGCAUCAUAACGACAUGGAGAUUGGCUGCGCUGUGAUUGACGCGUAUACCCAUCACGUUUUGAAUUAUCUAGAAACGAUCAACAAGACUUCAAAGCAGACUCUGCAGGAUCUAUUCGACGACUAUGAUCCUGUCAAGAUGCUCUCCAAUCCUGGAAUCUCGACCGAAUUAUCCGAUGUCCCACCGGCAGAAAUACUAGUGACGGACUUCUUUGGCGGAGUCGCUAGUGUAGAAAUGACCGUGCCUUCUUUGGUCAUCGAAUUCGCAGACGACAUCAAAUGGCCAGAGGCGAAGAAGCGUGCGCCUCGACAUGCUGAACUCGAUCGAACACCUUAUCGCCGAGCUAGACCGUCGACUCCUCAGAGCCUUCGCCCGACCAACCUCGACACUUCGAUCAUGAAGGGUGGCAAUACUUCGCCAUUAGCUAUCGUCUUUCCUAUCUUGAUCUCAAUUGGCGUAUUGACGUUGACGGCUCGGACAAUCAUGUCAGUGUCAUAG